AUGCAGCUGUCUUUGACGCAACCAAGUUCCUGGAUACUGCCUCUACUAAUGGUAACCAACUUGCUCCUGUGGAAGAAUGUGGCAUCAGUGCCCAUGUGUGCAAUGAGGAAUGCUCGUUGCUUUACCUUCUUCGAAGACACGUUUGAAUUAGCUGGCAGUUUGUCUCAUAAUAUCAGUAUAGAAAUUUCAACACUGUUCACUGAAUUUGAAAACCAAUAUGCUAAAUUGCCUGGGCUCAAAAGCAGAAGCCGCAUGAGAUGCCACACUUCUUCCUUCCCUAUUCCAGAAAACAAGGAACAAGCCAGGCACACACAUUAUGCAGCUCUACUGAAAUCAGGGCUAAUGAUUUUGGAUGCCUGGGAAAGCCCUCUGGAUGAUCUAGUGAGUGAACUAUCUACCAUAGAAAACGUCCCUGAUACUAUCAUCUCUAAAGCCAAAGACAUAAAGACAAAAAUCGAUGCAGUCCAGAAGGGGGUUAAUUCCCUCAUCAGCAGCAUGCUUCAGAAUGGAGAUGAAGAAAACAACAAACCUGCCUGUUCCAGACUGCCACUCUUGCAAACCAACAAAGAAGAUGCUCGCAUUCGAUCUUUAUAUGGCAUGAUCAGCUGCCUAGACAAUGACUUUAAGAAGGUUGAUAUUUACCUCAACGUCCUGAAGUGCUACAUGCUAAAAAGAGAUAACUGCUGA